GCACAAAUCGCCCAGCUGCUCGCUCAGAUGACGAACGUGACUGCCGACAUCGGCCACGUGAAGGCUGCGGUCGGAGGCAUCGCUGAGAUCAAGUCGACGCUGCAGGCCCACGAUGCCAAGUUCGUCGAGAUGCAACAGCAGAUCGACGAGGCCAACAAGAACGCGAUGGCUGCCCUCGGCAAGGCGCAGCACACAGGCCUGGACCAACAACUCGAGGCACGUCUUCUGCAGCUCGAAUCCUCGACAGCGAAGAUGCAAUCCUCAUCCGCCUCCGUGAACUCCGACAGGAGCGAGCGGAGCCGCAUUGGCACGGGCUCUACAGGACCUACUGGUGCCAGCAGCGACGGCUUCCACCUCGGACGGGCUGACGCCGAUUAUGAUCGUACAAAGGUGUGGAUCGGUGGAUUCACGCGCAAGAUGCUCGCCGCCUCCAUGUCGCAGUUCGCCAACUCCGCCCUGACCAACCUGCCCACGCACGAGCGCAACCUGGUUCAGAUCAAAGCCAAUGAGUUUGUCCAGCGCUCGCGCGACAACCCGCAGAUGCUGACGUACGCCGAUCCCGUCACGAACGAGAAGCUCUGCCUACGAGCACGUGUGGAUGCUCCUCAUGACGUACGCUCGUGCAACAAGAUCCUUGGAUCGCCGUGGCAAUCCACUAUUACCUUCAUGAAAGGCAAGGGCACGUGGACCGACAAGAUGAAGCUCGGGUCUACUGGUUUCCGCGGCAUCCUCUUCCUCAUCGACGGUGAAGCUGUUCAAGACCUGUACGUCGUCAGUGAGGACGCCUCCGACAACAUCGCCAUCGUCCCCGACAUGGCUGCGCUCAAGAAA